AGCAUCCGACUGCCAACUGAACUAAACCUGCAAGAAAAAUAGUCAUCAGGAACCAAAUCCAAGGCCAUGGCUUCUCUUGCAACCUUAGCUGCUGUUCAACCAGCGACAAUCAAGGGCCUUGGUGGCAGCUCCCUCAGUGUAACCAAGCUCUUUGUCAAGCCAACUCGCCAGAGUUUCAAACCCAAAAAGUACAGGGCCGCUACGGUGGUAGCAAAGUAUGGUGAUAAGAGCGUGUACUUUGAUUUGGAGGAUAUUGGCAACACAACUGGGCAAUGGGACUUGUAUGGAUCUGAUGCACCUUCACCAUACAACUCUCUCCAGAGCAAGUUCUUUGAGACAUUUGCAGCUCCAUUCACCAAGAGAGGAUUUUUGCUCAAGUUCCUGAUCUUGGGAGGUGGUUCCCUCCUCCUUUACCUCAGUGCCACCGCUUCUGAUGACCUUCUACCAAUCAAGAAGGGUCCACAACUUCCACCAAAGCCCGGGCCACGUGGCAAGAUCUAAUUAAUUUAUUGGAACUCUUAAGCUUUUCACUCUAUGUAUCUUAUUUUAGUUCUGAAACAUGUAAUACUGAAAAAUGACCUUUGUUAUCCACCCAAAGACAUUUGUUUCAUGCUUAAUUGGAGCAUUACUUUCAGUUUGAAAA